CACUUUCGGGGCAUCUUGUUCUGAGUCAAGAUUGCUCCUUCUGAACAUGGGACUUUCCAGAAGGACCACAGGCUCCUCCCGUGUAUCCACUUGCCCCCAGAUGUUCUGGAUUUGGGUUGUUGAAGGAGUCUGCUGGCCUCUCUGGAGAAGGAUGGGCAUGUGGUCCCUGUGGAGCCUGCUUCUCUGGGAAGCACUGCUUCCCACCAGAGCCUCCAGCACCCAAGUGCACGGCCAGGUUGGGGGCUCUGUGCUGCUGGUGGCAGAGCGCCCUGCCAGCUUCCAAGUCCGAGAGGCCAUCUGGAGAUCUCUCUGGCCUUCGGAGGAGCUCCUGGCCACAUUUUUCCGGGGCUCCCCAGAGACUCUGUACCGCUCCCGCUUCCUGGGCCGGGCCCAGCUCCACAGCAACCUCAGCCUGGAGCUCCAGCCUCUGGAGUCUGGAGACAGCGGCAACUUCUCUGUGCUGUUGGUGGACACAAGCGGUCGGGCCCAGACCCAGCUCCUGCAGCUCAAGGUGUACGAUGCAGUGCCCAGACCCGUGGUACAAGUAUUUAUUGCUGUAUCAGGGGACGCUCCGCUGCCCAAGACCUGCCAGGUGUUCCUGUUCUGUCGGGCCCCCAACAUCAGUGACAUAACCUAUAGCUGGCGACAGGAGGGAACCAUUGACUUUGGUAUUGAACCAAGCGGCCUCUUCACGGAUGGACAGGUGCUGAGGGUGUCACUGGGACCGGGAGACAAGAGUGUGGCCUAUUCCUGCAUUGUCUCUAACCCUGUCAGCUGGGACUUGGCCACCGUCACCCCUUGGGAGAGCUGCCAUCGCGAGGCAGCCCCAGGAAGGUCCUCCUACAAAGAUGUGCUGUUGGUGGUGGUGCCCAUCUCCCUGCUCCUGACCCUGGCUGGUCUCCUCUCUGCCUGGCACUCCUACUGCUCAGGUGCGCCUGCUCCAGGAAGGCUUGCUGAUCUCCUCCCCUGGCCUGGGCAGGGGAAAAAGCAGAAGGACGUCUGUAUUGACAGAGUGGCUUCAGAGACAGAGAACCCCCUUGUGUAGGGUCUGCCAUGGAGGAGGAUAUAAACUGCUGCCUGGACCAUCAGGAAGCCCACUGCCCAAGCACAUGAUACUCUGGAACAUAGUUGGUGUCUGGAAACCACCAUGGCCCUUGUACCUCCCAUGAGACUCCUGUCCCACCUCCAGGAGCAGCCUAGACAGCUGUUGUGCUGGGAGCCACCAGACAGAAAACACUAACACAACCUUCUACAUCCCGCCCUCCCCCACUCCUGGCUCUGCUUGGGGCAAGAUGACAGACCAUCCCCUCAAAGAUGCUGGAAGUUCUCCAGGAUCCACAGGGACUUUGAUGGUCCAGGGCAUUCACCACCCCCACCACCCCCACCACUGCUCAUGAAGUAUUACUGUAGACAGAAUUUGUCUCCUCCAAGUCCAUUGGUUGAAGUCCUAACCCCAAUAUCUCAGAAUAUGGCUGUAUUUGGAAAAAGGACUUCAAAGAGAAAAUUAAAAUUACAUGAGGUCAUUGGGAUGGGCCCUAAUUCCAUAUGACUGGUGUCCUUAUAAAAGAGGGAGAGACACCAGGGAUUCACCCACAGAGAAAAGGUCAUGGAAGGACACAGAGAGAAGGAAGACAUCUACAAGCCAAGGAGAGAGGCCUCAGAAGAAACAACAUGCUGACACCUUGGUCUUGUGCUUUUAGCAUCCAAAACCAUGAGAAAAUAAAUUUCUGUUGUUUAAGCCACUCAUUCUGUGAUAUCUUGUUAUGGCAGCCCUAGCAGACCAAUGCACGUAUCAACUAACUGGCACCAAAGGAUUGCCUCCAGUCUGGGUCCCAGACUCUAAAAGACAUUAGACAUUUGAACUAACAGAGAAACUCUGAAUCACCCACUUCCAGCUCUGGCCCCAGCCCAGCCCCUGUAGUUUGAGACCCUGAUGUUUCCUGAUGUCCGAGGCAUUAUCAUAAGGAAAGAUCUAGAAACAGAUGAAGGUAAGAGAUGGGGGUCAGAAGAUUCUCUUUCCAGCAUGAAGGACUGUCAGGUCAUCUGAGUUCAUGGCCCCUCUAAGGUAAUUUGCAGGUAGAGAAAAUCAAGGGAUGGUGCCAUUUGGCAAGUAACACCUUAUGAAUGACAUUUUCACCACCUCUGCUGACAACCAUGCCUCUUGCAGGAUCUGGGGCUAGGGUUUGAGAUUCUCUCUGCACUCUCCAGCACAGUGACCACGGAGAGAGAUAUUAAAUUUACCCCAGCCUACAGAAAGCUCUUGCACAGCUUCAAGAAAAGCAGCUCAGCCUGAGUGUCUCUGCCUGAGACCAAGAGGGUGAGGAGCCAGGAAAAGUGAAGCAGAAAGAGAGGUAUGGAGGGGAAAGGUGCUGAGGCAUCCUAGAAUCUGCUACACUCAUUUUCAGAUGCAAGUGCAGAAGAUCCCCUCAUGUUCAAGAGGAAGAGACAAAGACUCCACCACUCAGUGUGAAGAUGGCCAAGGUCACCAUCACAGAAGAGCAUGUGGGAUGGAAGCUGAGACCGUGGUCAUCUUUGGAAAAGAGUAUCUGCCUCUCAGUGGUUAUGUCUGGGAAAACUCUGGGACCUUGCCGUUGGAAACUUCUGCUUGGGGGUUUGCAGAUGGUGAGUUCCACCAUGACUCCCUCCCAGGUGUAACCAGAUUCUCUUUGGGACCUCCCUCAGGGCUUGAUAAUAGAAAGGAAGGAGGUAUUGAAGAAACAGGGGCAGGCUAUGAAGUAUGUUCCCAGGACAGCUUUUAUCCCUCCCCCAACGAGGUCAGUCCUGUGCAAGGAUCUCUCUUCCUUCCCCCAGGUUCUGGGCAGUCACUUCACCUUCGACAAAUGGUCAGCACAAUCAGCCUCUAGACUUACAUCCCCACUCAUCCACUCAACUCGUUCUGGAAUUUAUUCCUUCUGGCUCUGCUUAGAGGUCCCCAGCUGGUCACGGGGCUUCGUCUUGUCCUCUUGGCUUUCCUGCGCCCACUUUUUGCUGUCACCUUCCCCCGAGUCCUCCUGAACAGCGCCCAUGAACCUCCUAACCUAGCAGCUUGUGUUGCCUCCACCUGCCACCUGGAGGCAUUCCCUGUGGCCACUGAUUUCUCAUGCAAGCUGGCCUCAGUCCCUAGAAGGGAGAUGAAAGAGAAAGACCCGGAUCUAGCAAUGAGCCAUGGUGGAUAUGUGGGGGAAACACACACACACACACACACACACACACACACACACACACACACACACACACACACACCCCCAAUAGCCCCUACCUUUCUUCCCUUCAUCUCCUGGGCCCCACCUCAGAUCAGAAAAAUUCUGGGUGGGGUGGGGCCCAUGGUUCUCCCUUCAUGAGUUCACUCUUAGUGACCUUAAGUGGUUUAAUGGGGUGGUGCAUCAGGGCCUUUUUAAAUAGAUCCAUGCUGCUCAAAUAAAUUGAUGUUCCCAUCCCUCGUGAUUCCCUUGUCAACUAG